UGUGUGUAAAAAAACUUUCUCUGCGUAUAGUAAACGUCAUUAUUUAUGCACAUUUUUUUAUUUCUUUGUCAUUGGUUUAGGCACUAAAAUUAUAGUCGUGGUAUAAAACUCUUUUAAAUUAUAUCAUACGUCGGUUAAGUAAACAAUAAAGGUGCAUGGCCUAUUCAAAGAACGAGAAAAAAAAUGCAACCUCAGUUAGCCGUUACUCCAAGAAAAUUGCCAGUAUUUGUCUUUCCACAGAGUGUCACGUUUUACUUGGAUGAUCAGUCGACGCACAAGCAAAUUUUAACUCUGUACAAUCCUUAUGACUUUGCAGUGAAAUUUAAAGUUUUGUGCACUGCACCAGAUAAGUACAAAGUCGUUGAUCCAGAAGGUACAAUAAAAUCACGAUGUUGCGUCGAUAUUGUCAUCCGACAUACAGCUCUUAUGAUCGCAAACUGCAACACAAUUGACAAAUUCAGAAUAAAAAUGCAAGAACAUCCUACGAAACAGGCCAUCGGCAAACGGGAUGUCGAAGCUAAAUUGAUCAGUGGAACUAUAGAAACAGCCGGAAGAGGUACUCCGGAUCCAGAUUCGUUUCAGCAGUUUCCAGCAAAUGAACAGAGGCAACAACAGUCCUAUGCACUUAUUGCUCAAAAUAGGACAAUUGAAAGGGAAACGAAUUACGUGGCACUCGUAGCAGGAUUAAUUUGUAUAGUUGGUCUGCUGUUACCCACCCAAGGAGAGAGUACUCACCCAGUGCCAGAUUAUCUUCACCUUUCUUCGCACUUUAAACUUAUAUUAUCAUUUGUUUUAGGUAUGGUUACAAUAAAUGUCUUGAGGCUGUAAAGACAUGGUGGAAUGUAUAAAGCAAAUGUUAUAUAUUAAGUAGAGAUACGGAGCAAAGCACAAUUACUUUAAGACUUUUUUUAAUUUAGAUCUCAUUAUUAAGCAUACUUGACACUAGUCCUAAAGAUUAAGCUCACACCCUACCAUUACGCAAAGAUACCAAUAUUUAUUUACAAAACCCGGGAAACUUAUUUUUUAAUACACAGAAUAUUAUAUAUUAGUUUCUCGAAACUAAAUCAAUUAUCGCCUGUGUCCGCAAAGGGUGACGCGAAUGUUAUGUAUAUAUUGAAAUGGUUCGCGAGUGGCAACAGGAAGGUGUUUCCUUUUUUUAUAUUUACAAUAAUUAUUACGUAUGAUUCAGCGAUUGUUAAUAAGCUGGAAUCAUAUGCGACAUAAGUGAUUUGAAUAAACAACUGCGGCAUGUUCGUGCUGAAAGGUUUCUGGAGAAACACCAUCGAAACGUGAACCUUGAAUUUAAGUUGCAAUUUUUAGUUGCGUACGAUAAAGAAAUUCGGAUAUUUUUAUUAUUCCAUUUUAUACGUGUCCUGAGCAGUCAAUUGGAAUAAAAUGCAACAAUUAAUCCGUG